AUGGUGAGUGAAGUAGUAGAAAAGAAACUCUACGAUGCUGCAUCAAAAGGAGAUGUCGCAAUACUCGUACGACUAGUCGAAGAAGAUCCAUAUCUUGUUCAUGGAGUCUCGUUUCCAUUUUCAAGAAAUCUUCUACACGUUGCAGCAAUGCAUGGACAAGCAUCCAUUGUUGAAGAGGUGCUCAAGUUUAAUCCGAGGCUAGCGCGGAUCUCAGACUCUCAAAAAUCAUCCCCUCUUCACAUUGCAGCAGAAGAAGGGCACGUGGAGAUCUGCCAAAGGUUGUUAUCAGUAGCCCCCGAGGCUUGCUGGUGGCGAGACUGCCAUGAUAUGAACCCGCUUCAUAUUGCAGCCAUGAAAGGACAUGUUGAGAUCGUGAAACGUCUCCUUCAAGAGAGCCAUUUGCUUGUUAUGGAGAGGUUACAUCGCAAAGAGACUGUGCUACACUUGUGCGUAAAACACGGUCAACUUAGGACGCUCAAGGUUUUAGUAGACCGGUUAGGAGAGGAUCUUGUUGAUGCAUUUGAUGAGGAUGGUGAGACAAUAUUGCAUUUGGCUGUCAGGGCCAAUCAACUUGAGACCGUACGAUACUUGGUGGAAAGCAAGAAAAUAAAGAGGCGAGCACGUAAUUCGACAGGCAAAACACCACUGCAAAUCUUGAAUGAGAGCCCUCGGUACACAAGUAGUAGCUAUUCGGAGAUUAGAAGAAGCUUGUUAAAAUUGUUACAGCCAUCACUUGAGAGUGCCAUGCCCGAGAUGACCAACACGACAAUGGUGGUGGUGGUCUUGAUAACAACGAUGGCAUUCCAGAACGCUGUCAAUCCACCAGGCGGCAUGUGGCAGGAAGACACGUCAUCACACAAGGCCGGUGAAGCUGUGAUUGCAUAUACGCAUCCACAUAUAUACAAACAUUUGGUACGUGCAAACAUUGUGGCAUUCGUUUCAUCCAUCCUCACAAUCUUUCUCAUCGCCAGUGGACUGACAUCCAGAAACAUUUUUCUGUUGAAUAUUGCUUUGUUUGGUAUGUGGGUGUCGCUGAUAGCUAUCGCAGUUAGCUACGGAGCAUCUACAAUGGUGAUCACUCCCAAUACCAAAACUAAAUCAGUGGACCUUAUUGUUGUCAUAAUCAGCCUUAUAUCCCUUAUCUCCUUUCUAGUUGCAUUACUCUUUGUUCAUAUAGCAAUGAUGUACUUCAGCUGGAGGGGAAAAAUACGAGGUCGGGAAGAUCUUACAACAGAUCCGCUACCCAAACGCAUCCUUUACCGGAUUUUCCAACGUUUGGAGACCUGGGGAUGUUUGAGACCCAAUCAUUUAUGAAUUUCUUAUGCUCAAUGUUCCACAUGUAUGUAUAAAGUUGGGAGUUAAUUUCCAUACACAUUGUUCAACUUAUGCACCUAAAUCAAGCAAACCAUAUUUUCAAAAUCUA